UCAAAGACUGGCGCAUGGCCGCCUACAAUUAUUAAAUUUUGUAGAUCGAGCGCUGUUCCGCCAGCUUCUUGCAGCUGGCCUUGACCUGACUCGAUUACGCGUGUAGCCGUGUAGUGGCUGUUUCGUAAACUUUCGAAGCGAGCUGUGCAGGAGAUAUGCCAAAAGUUAGAAGGAAAAAUAAAAGAAACUGAAACGCGCGAUAGUCGCUUUCAUGGUUGGGCAUGUCAUGUCAGGCAAAUCGGCCGGCCGGGCAAGAUUACUGAAACUUACUUGUGCUGUAGCCUGCAGAGCCAGUGCGGCAGUGGUGGCCUUUGUUGCAGAGGUGCAAACCGACACGUGACCGGUGGUGGCUCGGCGAUUCCCGUCUGGAGACUCGACCUCUACUAGCGCUCUAGCGUUGGGUUUCACUGACAUCAACCAGUACCGCUAGCACGAUCAAUCGCAAAAGCGCACUGUGGCUGUGUACGUAGCUUGGUGACCGUGCCAGUGCAGUGGCGGUUGAGCCCGUCUAACGCUAUGUAGUCGUUGGGUAGUUUGGAACACACUCACUAGCCUGCCGCUCACACACGAACCGACACACACACACACACACACACACACACACACACACACACACACACACACACACACACACACACACACACACGCACACACACACACACACACACACACACACACACACACACACACACACACGCAUACACACACGCAUACACACACACACACACACACACACACACACACACACACACACACACACACAUGCUGGCGGCAACUCUCUUGCACCUCGCGAGCAGACCCGUUGACACUAAUACCGCAGGUCCCUCCGUCCGGGCCGGAGCGCUGAGCGACCAACAAUGUCUGCGCAAUCGACGGAAGACCAGGUAUCGGGCACAAGCACUUCAGGGAGUAUCUCUGGUGAGCAUCCCAUUCCGCAGCAGCAGGAACAGAAUAGGCCAGAGCUAAUGAACUGGCCAGCGCCAGUGGAGCGUGCGUCCAGUACACAUAGUGCAUCACAGGCUGCUCUGACACGUCACAGCAGCUCUACACUCGGCCACGACCGCAGCAGCGAGGGCGAGGACGAGGGCGAAGCGGCGGGAACGCUGGCGGAGUGGAUUGGCCCCGGCGCCGUAUCGGAGACGCGGUACGCGCACUCGCACGAGCUUGCGACGUCGCUGGACGGUUUCCGCGCACGCCACCAGCUGUGCGACGUACGCCUGGUGGCGGCCGGCGGGGGACAGUCGUUCGCGGCUCACCGCGUGGUGCUCUGCUGCGGAUCGCCGUACUUCAACGCCAUGUUCAUGGGGCAGUUACGCGAGGCAAGUCAGGACGUCGUGGAGUUGCCCGGAGUGUCCGCCAACUGUCUCCAGUCCCUGCUGGCUUAUCUGUACUCGGGUGAGAUCACCAUUGGCAACAACAACGUCCAGUUUCUGCUGCCGGCGGCCCGUCAGCUGCAGAUCUUGCCCGUCGUCGACAUGUGCUGCAGUUACCUGUCCGGCCAGCUGGACAGUCACAACUGCCUGGGUGUGCUGCGCUUUGCGCACACGUACGACUGCGCACUGCUGCGCACCCAGGCGGAGGCGUGCGCAUGCGAGAACUAUGCCUCGCUGAUGUCGCACUGUCGCCGCGACUUCAUGGAGUUGCCGUGGCAACUGUACCGUGACCUGCUGGCCAACAAUGAGGUGAACGCCGUGAGUGAAGAGAGCCUGCUUGUGGACAUCUUCCUGUGGCUGCGAGCGGACGCGGAGACGAGGCAAGCGUACCUCUGCGAGUUACUGGCCAAAGUCCGCCUGGCACUCCUGCCACCAGCCUGUCUAGUUCAGCUGGGCAUGGAGCCGGAAGUACGCCAGUGCGAGCGCUGUCGCGAUCUCGUCGACCAGGCUAAGAACUUUCUUCUGCUGCCGGAGACGAGGACGCGCACCGCUGUUGCCACGGCUGCGGCGGCUGCUGCUGCAUCAGCGGCGACAGCGGCCGCUGCUGGAUCUGUAUCUGCCCUGCAGACAUCCAGUACGGGUACCGGGGUAGUCGCUGGUGCAGCAGCCGUCGCUGGUGCCGGCGUUGUGGUCUUAAGCACCGAGCCUCGUCAACCGCGACACAACGCUGUGCUGUACUCGGUGGGCGGGUGGUGUGCGGGAGAGGCGCUGGCGGAAGCAGAGAGGUACGAUUGGCCGAAAGACGAGUGGUCCAGCAUAUGCAGCAUGUCCAAGAAGCGCUGUGGUGUGGGUCUGGCCGCCGUGGGUCGAUACCUGUAUGCCAUGGGAGGUCAUGAUGGCACACAUUACCUCAACAGUAUCGAGAGGUACAACCCAAAGGACGAUACAUGGCAGGCGUGUGUCGUGUCACCCAGCUGCGAGGUGCGCACCAGCGUUGGUAUCGGCGUCAUAGACAGCUGUAUAUACGCUGUUGGCGGACAGGAUGGAGUAAGCUGUCUAAACAUUGCCGAGCGGUACGACACGGAGACUGGCCAGUGGACUCGGCUGGCGCCGAUGAGAGAGAAACGUCUCGGCGUCGCCGUCGUCGUGCUCAACAAUCUCCUGUACGCGAUCGGCGGCGGAAACGGUGGCGUGUUGCCGCUGUGCUCGGCUGAAAGAUACGACCCGGUGGAGAACGUGUGGCAGAGCAUAGCGCCGAUGCUCACGCGCCGCAAGCACCACGGCGCGGCCGCGUUCAACAACCGUAUAUACGUCGCCGGCGGUCGCGACGAACACUCGGAGCUGAAAACCGUGGAAGUCUACACUCCCAUCAACAACAUGUGGUCGCAGGUGGUGCCAAUGCGUAGCUAUCGUAGUGGCGUGGGUCUGGCCGUUGUCGGCGCUCGUCUGUUUGCUGUCGGCGGCUUCAACGGCACGCUGUACCUGCGCACAGUGGAGCUGUACGAGCCCGACGCGGACAGAUGGACAGACGCGGGCGAGAUGAUCAACAGGCGUCUCGGCGGCGGCGUGGCCGUCAUCAACGCUGCGUACGCCUCGCUGCCGCCGUCGCCGCGCUUCCAGCCCAUGCCCGGCCUGUCGUAGAGAUUGCCAUGGCGACGGCGACUAGGGUACUACUGCCAUCGCCAGCAGCGGCAGCAGCAGUGAGGACGUUCCAGUGAGGAUUUCCGACUUUCAACCGACUGUUUGUGCUUCGGCACCCGCCAGCACUCUAUAGCCACUACCUGGGCCGCCAGCAGCAGCAGCAGCCACUACCUGGGCCGCCAGCAGCAGCAGCAGCCACUACCUGGGCCGCCAGCAGCAGCAGCCACUACCUGGGCCGCCAGCAGCAGCAGCAGCCACUACCUGGGCCGCCAGCAGCAGCAGCCACUACCUGGGCCGCCAGCAGCAGCAGCCACUACCUGGGCCGCCAGCAGCAGCAGCAGCCACUACCUGGCCCGCCAGCAGCAGCAGCCACUACCUGGGCCGCCAGCAGCAGCAGCAGCAGCACAGUGUGCACAAUCUCUCUUGUAUCAGACUCAUCGAGAAGCCGGGGCAAUUAGUAUUCACUCAUCUUCAUCUGGAGCAUAAUUAUAACUAUGUGUCUCUAUGUUCGGUCACUUAAUUCUUCGCCCACAAUGAUCCAGUCACUCUCCUCGCAUUCAUCCCCAAACUCCUGCCCCGAAUUUUAUCAAAAUCAAACGAAAUGCUUUAUCGGCAGCGACACUACGCCUGCCGAACAUGGCUUCCGCCAGACCGACCUAAAUUCAAAGGAAGUUCCAAGAAUAUUAUACCUGCGCUGGCACUUCAUAUUGUUCAAUGCUGCUGAUGAUAUAGUGGAUCACUUUCCACCACUUCAAGCGAACAAAUUUGUCUGUUUUGCCAGCUUUCAGGAUUACGAUAUUGACCAUAACUACGCGUGAAAUAUGCGUAUUAGCAUUUCCAUAUGUACAAAUUGCCACCUUCAUGGUUCCCCAUGUACUUGCUCCUCAACGUAUUCCUCUUUACAAUAUUCACGUGUGUUCCUGA